UGUGUGUGGCGCAGGACGGGGAAGGAAGGGCGUAGCGGGAUAGGCGGACGAGUGGCCAGCGACAGGGGAUGGCGAGGCGGUUGUGAGCAAUGCGCUGGGGCAGGCGCUCCGGGCCGGCCGGCGGCGGCGGGGAAGCGGCAUCCUCCCCGGGCGCGGUGACUGCCACGCGUGGGCGGACGGAAGCCCGUCACGUGGCGGGGAGCACCGCCCCCGUCACCCCCCGCGGGCGGCGGCGGCCAUGGCGGCUGAGGGGAUCACGGACACGAUGCGGGACCGCGUGGUGCUGGGCGAGUUCGGCGUCCGCAACGUCCACACCACCGACUUCCCCGGCAACUACCCUGGCUACGAGGACGCCUGGGAUCAGCGGCGCUUCGAAGAGGCGUUCCGCGUGGACAUUAUCCGCGAGGAGGAGGGCGCGCUCGAGUUCGACAUGGUGGGCAUCGACGCCGCCAUCGCCAACGCCUUCCGCCGCAUCCUGCUGGCCGAGGUACCAACGAUGGCUGUAGAGAAAGUCUUUGUGUACAACAAUACAUCCAUUGUACAGGAUGAAAUUCUGGCUCAUCGCUUGGGCCUCAUCCCUAUCCGGGCUGACCCUCGACUUUUUGAAUAUAGAAAUCAAGGAGAUGAAGAAGGCACAGAAAUCGAUACUUUGCAGUUCCAGCUGAAAAUAAAAUGCAGCCGAAACCCUCAGGCAGCCAAGGAAUCAUCUGAUCCUAAUGAACUAUAUUUCAAUCACAAAGUGUACAGUAAACAUAUGACGUGGGUGCCCCUGGGGAAUCAGACAGACCUCUUUCCAGAUCCUGACUUCCGACCUGUUCACGAUGACAUCCUCAUUGCACUGUUGCGACCUGGCCAGGAAAUAGAUGUGCUUAUGCACUGUGUCAAGGGUAUAGGUAAAGAUCAUGCCAAGUUUUCUCCUGUGGCCACGGCUAGUUAUCGACUGCUUCCUGACAUUACUCUCCUGCAGCCUAUUGAGGAUGAAGCAGCUGAGACAUUGCAGAAAUGCUUUUCCCCUGGAGUCAUUGAGAUCCAGAAAAUCAAGGGAAAAAAGGUGGCAAGAGUAGCCAAUGCACGGUUAGACACGUUCAGCAGAGAAGUUUUCCGUCACGAGAAUCUGAAAAACCUUGUGCGCCUGGCAAGAGUGCGAAACCAUUACAUCUCUGAACUGCAAAUACUAUGAAGAAGCUGGCUCUCCAACCCUUCUUCACUUCCACUGCUACUGAUGGACCACUACACCUCAAAUACCUCUGAGAAUCCACCCACACAUUCCUCCUGAAGAGAAGCCCCUUACCUAGGAUGGCAUUCUUCUCCACCUCCAGCAUGUCUAAGGCCUUUGCAAACGUUUCUCCCAGCCUAGCCACCAUCUCUGGCAUGUAGAGAUUGUUGUGAGUCCUGAAACAGAAGAGCACUUGGUUUAUACUCAUGUGGGUCAAUCCCUUUUGCCCUUGACAGUGGGAUCCUCUCCUUCAGCUUGUGAACAGCUCCUCUGAGGCAGAUGAUGAGGAAGGUGAGACCAAGCACGUGUGCAUGGGAUCCCCCUUCCCCACCUGCAAAAAUAUCGGGGAAGCUGACCUGACAGAGACAUGGAGUGACUCCAUCUCAUGUCCUGAAUUUCCUGGCUGCCCCUUCCACUUAUUCGAGGUUCACCCCACCCCUUGCAAGCACUGGCAGUAAAAACUCCCAGCAAUUCUCCAGUUGAUGCUGGCAACAGCUUAUUAGCUUGGCCAAAGGGAUCAGAGAAUGUAUUUUAAAAACUGACAAGAUGAGGAUCAUGUAAUCUCAAAAGAUCUUCUGCACCUAAGGCCCCUGCAGAGGGAGGGGCUGUUUCAGCUCCAAAAUGCACACACUGCCCCCCAGGGAUGGGUCACAGUCCCCAGAAUGGCAGGUGGCAUCGGAGGGACUCUAGGGAGAACAUCAGUCCAAUCAGAUGUUACUCAUGGCAGACACAUGUGCCCCCUGGACAGGCACGGUCAGCUCUCCACCAGGGAUACCAAUUCAGCCAUGGGUGGCCGGUUCUUGCCAUCCAGGCCAAAAUGGGUCCCCUCUAAGCCAGGGUAGUGACACUCAGAGCUGGACUUGGCAGGGGGUGUCUCUCUCACCUACCUCUCUCCUUUGAGACCUCAGACCUCCACUCUGGGUGUCGCCAGCUGCACACAGCACAAAUCCUGCAGCCUCCUCCAAAACUGCAAUGCCAUUGUACCUGCUGCUAGAGGUGAUCAAGGGCAACUCAGUAUCUCCCCCUAGAGCAGCGUUUCCCAAAGCAGGGGGGUACAUGGGAAUGGCUGGGGGAAGGGAGCAUGGACAGACCUCGGUACGUUCUCCAGAGUCUCAGCUUUCACUCAUGUCUUAAUGAUUUAUUAAUUUUUCUUGUUUUCCUUUUUCUUUUUUUUAUGGCCUCUGUUCACAGUCCUGGCAACCCUGAUGCAGUGAUGUCUGCCUGAGUUUGCAGAGCGCCUGGGUUAGCUCCAAAACGGUAACUAUCCCAUUCCUCUCUGCAAGUGUUAAAUACUUCCCUGCUCACUGCACGUGAGGAAGGCAAGUAUAUAAGUUUCAUAAGAAAAAGCUACACAAAUGA